UGAGCCGGGCAGGGAAAACCGGUGCUGGCUGGGGAGCAGAAUUCUGAUCGCAGCUCGCGCGUGGAGGAUUUAUGAACUGGGGGUGGGGAGAGCACGCGAGGCGGCGGCGGCCGUUGCUGCAGCAUGGCUGUGAUAGGUGUGCAGCUGGUGGUUACCAUGGUGAUGGCUAGUAUUAUACAGAAGAUCAUACCUCACUACUCACUUGCCCGGUGGCUUCUCUGUAGUGGCAGUUUGCGAUGGUAUCUGCACCCCACAGAAGAAGAACUACGAAUUCUUGUAGGGAAGCAACAAAAGGGAAAAAGCAAGAAAGAUCGGAAAUACAAUGGCCAUAUUGAAAGCAAACCAUUAACCAUUCCUAAAGACAUUGAUCUUCACUUGGAAACAAAAUCUAUUACUGAAAUAGAUGCAUUAGCCUUGCAUUAUUUUCCUGAAUAUCAAUGGCUGGUGGACUUCACUGUUGCAGCUACAGUGGUGUAUUUGGUAACUGAAGCCUACUACAGCUGGAUGAAGCCCUCCCAAGAAAUGAAUAUCAGCAUAGUCUGGUGUCUGCUUGUUCUGGCUUUUGCAAUCAAAAUAUUGUUCUCAUUAACUACACACUACUUCAGAGUAGAAGAGGGUGGUGAAAGAUCAGUCUGUGUAACCUUUGGCUUCUUUUUCUUUGUCAAAGCAAUGGCGAUUCUGAUAGUAACAGAAAACUAUCUAGAAUUUGGACUCGAAUCAGGCUUCUCAAAUUUUUCAGAAAGUGCUGUGCAGUUUUUUGAAAAACAGGGCCUGGAGUCCAAGGGUCCUGUGUCUAAACUAACUUUCAAACUCUUCCUGGCUAUCCUUUGUUCUCUUAUUGGUGCUUUUUUGACAUUCCCUGGAUUGAGACUGGCUCAGAUGCAUCUGGAUGCUUUGAGUUUAACAACUGAGAAAAUCACCCAAACCCUGCUGCAUAUAAAUUUCCUGGCACCCUUGCUUAUGGUCUUAUUGUGGGUAAAGCCCAUUACCAAGGACUAUAUAAUGAAUCCACCAUUGGGAAAAGACAAUGUGCCUUUAAUGUCAGAAGCUACAUUUGAUACUAUAAGGUUGUGGAUUAUAAUUCUCCUGUGUGCUUUGAGGUUAGCCAUGAUGCGCAGUCAUCUCCAAGCCUACUUGAAUUUAGCACAGAAAUGUGUGGAUCAGAUGAAAAAGGAAGUUGGCAGAAUAAGUACUGUUGAAUUGCAGAAAAUGUGUAGUGGGAAGAAAAGACAAAUCAAGAUGCUAAGCUAUGGCUCCCUGACAACAAUCCUACAUGCCUGUGUGUCCCUUUGGGUUCCGAAUCUUAAAAUGACUGGGAAGGUGUGUAUUCAUAACCCAGCAGGGAACUAUUCCUGGGGCAUUUACCCAGAGUCAGCUUCUGAUUUAGUAGCAGACAGUAGCUCAUUGAGCAAUUCUGUAAAUUCUGACUCUUCAUCCAAUGAUGGAAAGAUGGUUACUGCAAUACAGCUAACAAUGGCACUGGCAAGCCUGAAGAACAUUUUCACUCCACUCUUAUUUAGAGGACUCCUUUCCUUUCUCACCUGGUGGAUUGCUGCUUGUCUGUUUUCUACGAGCCUUUUUGGGCUGUUCUAUCAUCAAUACCUGACAGUGGCAUGACCUGACAAGGCAGGCAUUCAAAGCUAGGAAGUCCAUGUGCCACAAGAAGGCAGAAAUAAAUGGGAGGACAACUGGGAGGACAUGAUGAAGAAAAAAGACCUAUCAGUUUUUCCUUGAAUGCUUCUUCUGUGUUCUCAGGCAAUAUUGUUGGGUAACAUUGGAAAUCACGAGCAAGUUUAUAGCUUUGUUACUUAAAAUUGUCAGUGACUGCUGAAUUGUUGGUGGGCUACUUUGAAAUAUGUCCAAGUACCAUUUUCAUGAGUUCCAUGCUGCCCUGAAAAUACUGUUUAUUCAGUCAUUGAUUGGCUGAUCUUCCAGCUAUUAAGGUACUUGGAUAAUAUUAAUGGUGACUUCUUAGAAAGUGAACUUUCAAUUGAGCCAUAUAAGGGGGUCAGAAAAGUUAUCCUGUUGGAAAAACAUGGAUGAUUUUUCCACUGAAAAAUAACCAAAUCCAACAGGACAAAAGAAAUGCUGUAUAUUACAGUACAGAAAGUUGUCUGCAUAGAGUUUUUGUAAAUAAAAUGCAUGGACUCAGCAAGCAUUCAUGCCGAAGGACUUGUAUACAUGUUACAAUAAGGACAUUUAUUGCACUGUUGUGUCACUAGGUCUUUUAAUGCAUGAAUAUUCAGGAGUGUGCAAUUUCCAGACUUAAAGAGCAUUUCUCUCUUUGAGUACUCACUUACUUGAAACUAACCUUAUAGUGGUUAUAAUUAACAAGUAGUAAGUCCAAAAUUGUGUGAAGGCUUACUUACUUGUACCUUUCUCCUGCACAUUCAUGUAUGAAAUAUACAGAGGGGUAUAAUAUGCAGUGGUGUCCAGUUAUUGAAACAUUACUCCAUAAUGUAAUAUGUGAGGAAGUCCUAAAUAAUUUUCAUAUUGUAAGAGUAAUAUUAUAAAUACAUUGUUUCAGUCUUAACAAUCUUUUUAAAAAUAAUAAAUGAUCAUAUGAACCUUUG